AGAUCCUUAUCUGCCUGCCUUCUCCCACUCGCUUCUUCCUUCCUCACCUGCGAAGAAAUUUGUCUUCGUACUAAGUACUGGUAGCCAUGACGUCGUCCAACGAGAGGACUCCGCUGCUUCAGAGCCGGCCAUCUGGCCUUUCGGCUUCCCGACCGCCUGCCGAGCUGACCGACGACGAGGUCCUCGCGCAGGAGUCUGCCUUUUCGGCCAUCCGCGAUGCCAGCCAUGGAGUUGAUCCCAACAGCUCGGCAUUCGCACCUCCGGACCAGUCGCACUUCUCCAUCAACGCCAGCGGGCUUGCUGGCGUGCCCGAGACGGGCGAAGAGCCGGCAACGGAGACGCAGAGGUCUGACAUUCUUGUCAUCAUGAGCUCCAUGUGGAUUGGUACCGCUCUGAGCGCCAUCGACGGAACAUGCGUGGCGAGCAUCCUCGGCACUGUGGGCAGCGAGUUCAAGGUCUCGCGAGAGAUUCAAUGGCUUGGAACGUCCUACCUCCUGACACAGACGGCCUUCCAGCCGCUCUACGGUCGCUUCAGUGAUAUCUUUGGACGAAAGACGGCAACACUCUUUGCUUCGUUCACCUUUGGCCUUGGCUGCCUUCUCUGUGGUCUCUCGCAGUCCUUCUGGCAGCUGUGCGCCGCCAGGGCUCUGGCAGGUAUCGGCGGUGGUGGCUUGACGACGAUGUCGACGAUUGUGACGUCGGACCUCGUCAGCCUCAAGUCUCGUGGAACCUGGCAAGGACUGGGUAAUCUCGUGUAUGCUGCAGGUGCUAGUGGCGGUGCACCCCUGGCCGGUCUUCUGGUCGACGCUGGCCUGGGCUGGAGGACGGCGUUCCUGGUCCAGGUGCCCCUCUGCAUGGUCCACUUUGGCGUUGUCACUUGGAAGGUCAACAUCCCCGGAGGCCCUGGAUCCGUGGUGGAAAAGCUCAAGCGCAUCGACGUCUUCGGCGCGAUCACGCUCGUCGGCUCCGUUGGUCUCAUCAUUGUCUCGCUGAGCCUGGGCGGCAACACGCACGCUUGGAACAGCACCGUGGUCCUCUCGAGCCUCAUCGGCGGCCUCAUUCUCCUUGUCGCCUUCGUCCUCGUGGAAAAGUACGUGGCCAGGGAGCCUCUGAUGCCCAUGGCGGUCCUGUUCAGGAGGACGCCCGGCUUCGUCGCUCUGGCCUGCUGGUUCAUCACCAUGAGCCAGUUUGGCAUCAUCUUCAACAUCCCCCUCUACUUCUCCUCCGUCGAGCAAACGAGUAGCUCGUAUGCCGGCCUGCACCUCAUCCCCAACGCCAUUGUCGCCAGCGCGUGCAGCCUCUCGAGCGGUCUGAUCAUGGCACGCGUCGGACGCUACAAGGGCAUGCUCCUCACAUUUGGCUCCCUCGCCUUUGUCGGUCCGCUUUUCAUGUGCUUCUGGCAGCGAGGCCACACGCCCGAGUGGGCCUACUGGCUGACAAUGCCCUGGAACGGCGCGGCGUACGGCGGCAUCCUCACCAUCACUCUCGUGGCCCUCAUUGCGUCGAUUGAGCCAACGAUGAUGGCUGCUGCUACGGGCGUCACCUACCUCUUCCGCGCCACCGGGUCUGUGCUUGGUAUCUCUCUCUCCAACGCCGUGCUGCAGAACCAGCUGCAAAAGAACCUCGAGAAGUCUGGCUUGACGCAAAAGAUCAUCUCGGCCAUCCGCAGGGACGUGAAUGUCAUCAAGAAGCUCAGUCCGCACAACAAGGUGCUCGCCGUCACUGCCAUGGAGACUUCCUUCCACCAAGUCUUCAUCGCCAUCACUGCGGCGGCCUUUUGCGCGUUCCUCUGCCUUUUGCCUAUUCAGGAAUUUGCCUUGCCGGGCUCCGAAGAGGCCAAGGAGCAGCAGCGCCGCCGCGAAGCGACGAUUGAAGAGGAGGAUGAGGAAUAAUUGCCUUCCAAUUCCGUCAAGGUCACUCAAAAACCUCGUCCGCACUAUCAAGUUUCCUCGCAACGUGGUUCAAGUUCUCCCUUCUUGCCGAUAAGCUCCGGUAGUUACCCCCU